AUGCAUUUCCAUAAGCACUUUACCUUGUCUGAAGGUUAUGGUGGUUGUCGUUACCAACUGGCGAGGAGUGAGUGCCCUGGCCCACCUCUUCCAAUCACACCACACUCGGAGCGCUCCUUUAGCUUGGUUGUGGGUGCAGUGGGCCAAAGCACGAUGGCGGAGGAGAUCCUCCGAGCGUGGGCGACUCCUGCCCUACAGAAGGAUUAUGGAAGUGAUCCUGUGCUCAGCAACAUGUUGAACGACACCAUGAGCGAGCUGCAGUGCUGCGGUUUCACCAACUACACAGACUUUGUGGGCUCCCACUUUGCUGGCAAUUUACCACCAACCUGCUGCCUUGCUGACGUCUUCCCCUGCAGCCAGGAUGAAGCCAAGGAAAGUUCUGUUGAGGGUUGUUUUCAACAAAUCCUGAAGUUGCUCAAAGAGAACGCAAACAUUGUGGGAGGCAUUGCAGCGGGAAUUGGUGUCUUGGAGAUCACAGCCAUGGUCGUGUCAAUGUACUUGUACUGUCACCUGAACAAAAGAGUCAGCUGAGAAGGCAACAGAAGAAACUAUUAAAUAUAUAUU